CUAACAGGACUCUCCAAAAUGCACAAUUUCGCAAGCGAAGAAUUCUCAAAGUUGCCCAAUCUGAAAUUCUUGGAAUUAGAGGGGGGAACAUGGUAGGGGAUUUUAAAAAUCUUCUCUCCAAGUUAAUAUGGCUCUCUUGGAGCGAUUGCCCUUCGGAAUUAAAUGCAACGAAUUUAUGUCUCAAGAAACUAGCUAUGCUCAAGCUUUCAGGAAGUAACAUUACCGAAAAUUGGGCCGGAUGGGAGCCUUGCCUGGUGAGCGAGAACUUGAAAGUUAUACAAAUCACCAGCUGCGAAAGCUUGAAAAGGACUCUUGACUUCUCAAAAUGCUUGAAUUUGAAGAGACUAGUUGUUGCGGGUUGUACAACCUCGCUAGUGGUUGCUGGCUCUCUCUCUAAACUAGAGCACCUCAAGUACUUGGAAAUCAUGUCUCGUGGUGAUCAGUUGAGAGAGAAUUGUGACCUUUUUGUGGUACCUUUUGUAUUAAGCAGUCCAAAGUCCCUCUCGACGCUGAAAAUAGAUACAAUGCCAGUUCUAGAACUUCAUCAAUCCAUUGAAGAGAUGAAGGGCUUGAAUUAUUUGUCUACUAUCAGUUGUCGUAUUCCUAGAACACUUCCAGAUUUCAUCGGAAAAUUGAAUUCACUACUUGUAUUUAAAUUAGAAAACAUAGAAAUUGCAGAAUUACCUUCUUCUAUUGGGAAUCUUAAAAGGUUGGAGAUUUUAUAUCUAGACAAGAUUGCGAUAAGAGAACUACCAAGGGCCAUAGGGAUGUUGGAGAAUCUUAAAAGAGUUGACAGCCCGAUUCUAUCAAAAUCUGGAGCGGGAUAUUCCAAGUGAAAUUGGGGGUCUAUCCUUUUUGAGGAUGUUAGACCUAAGAGGAAGCAAGAUUAGGAGAUUGCCAUAACUAUGAAUCAGCUUUCUCAUCUCCAACAACUUUGUUUAGAUUUUUGUUAUGAAUUUGAACACCCUGAGCUCCCCAAAAGUUUGAAGGUGUUGAGUUUUGCACC